AUGUCAUCUACUGGGAAAGCUACAGAACUGCAAGCCACUAUGGCUGUCAAUAGCCUCCUUUCAAACAUCUUACCUGGUGCAAAUAAAAUGAGAAAAUCAAAUGACAACAACAAUAAUAAGAAAAAUUCAAAAGGAACUUCAAAAGCACAACUUAUCGAUCGUAACCUGAAAAGAAAUUUGGAAAUUAUGGAUUUGGAUACCCAUAAGUUUACUAAAAAAAAUAAAAUUAAGAAAAAUAAGAAAAUUAAGAAAAAUGUCAUAAAACAAAAUGAAUUAAAAGAAAUUGCAGAUUUAGAAAUCUUUAAGAAACACAAGAUUGAAAACAAUUUGACUCUAAGUGAAAAAAAAAAAUUAAAUAAAAUCAUUUCAAAAAAUUUAAAUAAGAUUAAAUCAAGAGAACUAGAUUCCGACGAUCAAGAAGAACUAGACGACGUCCAAAAAUUUAUACUGGAUCAAACUUCAAAUUCACAAUCAUAUAAUAAAUCAAAGAAGAGAAAAACUAGAAGAAAGGAAUUCAAAGAAUUCAAAAAUCCUGAUAAAAAUUCAUCGAUGGACCAUAGAUAUCCUGGUUUGACACCAGGUUUGGCUCCUGUUGGUUUAAGUGAUGAAGAAGAUUCUAGCGAUGAAGAUGAUGAUAGAAAUGACUACUAA